UUUAACACAAAAUUAUGUUUCGCUGACCAGAAGCUUCAACUGUUCAAGCCAAUGUUUUAAAGUCAUGUUGGCUUACCACAAGGCUCCAACUUUUGGUUGGCUCAAGUCUAGGGGACACUUUGGCUCAAGAGAUGGCUCAUUGAUCUUGGUGGCUCUGCUGUUUAUCUUGCCCUGUGUUGCGGCAAGCCCACUUUUCAACUCAUUCCGUCAUCGUGAGGUGAGACAUGCCAGUAUUACAAGACAUUCCAGACAGGCAGCAGACAUCAAUUCCGUUAUACAGACCAUACAAAGCGUUCUAGAUAAGGACAACAGUACUGGAAUAGCGGCCAGUGAACUCAAAGAUCUGGCAGCGAGUGUUGGUGAUACUGGAAGGGCGAUACUUGGAUCAGAUGCUUCAGUGACCGAUGCUGACGUCAGCAGUGUGAUCUCAACGCUAAUCGGCUCAUAUAACAUUAGCUAUGACGACAGCAAAUCUAGUGCGGUAAAGAAAUACGGCCAUAAACUCCAGCAGUACCUCUACAUUUGGAGAAGUUUGAGUGACAGGAUUACUUUGUUACAAGGUUCUGGUCAGAACUAUAACCUUGAACUUGCUGCUGUUGUGAAAACGUCCAAUGAUAUUCAAGCAGCUCUGGUGCAAUCAGUGAAUUCUGUGUCGGUGCUGUCUUCAAAGUUUAAUAAAACAAGACGGGCUAUUCGACGAAAGCUUUAUUCACGACAAGGUUGGUACUAGAUUUUCUAAAUUAUUUUGUUAGUGCUAGAAUUUCUAAACGCUAGUCUAUGUUA